AUGUUAAAAAAAAAAAAAAAAGAUACCAUUUUAAAAGAUAAAUUAAAAAAUUCAGGAAAUAAUAAAAAUGUCUUAAAUGGUAUAUGUGAUAAAAACAUAGACAAAGUAAAGAAGAUUAAUGUUGAAAAAAUAGACGGUUAUGAUAUAAAAGAUUUAGAAGAAAAGGAAAAUGAAAUUGAUAAAAUUUCUAGAAAAAUAUAUGAAGAAAAUAGUAAAAUAAAAAAAAUAAAUUUACAUCAUAGAUUAAUAAAAGAGGAAUUAGAAAAAAAAAAAUUAAUUGAUCAAACUGAUAGAAAAAAAAAAAAUUCGGUUGAUUAUUACAAAAAAAUUACAAUAAAGUUACAAAAUAAUAUUAAUAACAUUGAAGAAUAUACAAAUAAUAUCACAAAUGAUAUAAAUAUACUAAAAAUGUCCAUAGAUGAUGAAAGAAAUGAAAGGAUUAUUUACAAUAAUAACAUGAAAAUUUUAAUUAAUGAAUAUAAUAAUUUGAAAAAAAGUAUUAGUAACCUAAUUUUACAAGAAAAAGAAUAUUCAUUACAAAACGAAAAAUUAAAAAUUGAACUAAAUGAAUUAAAUAAAGAAAAAGAUACAAUAGAAAAAAAACAUAGAGAAGAUUUUAAAACACUUCAACAAAAAUUAAAAGAACAAAAAAUUUUAUCAUCCGAACAAAAAAUUCAUGAGUUAGUUAAAAUGAAAAAUAAUUUUAAAGAAAGAAUACAUAAGACCAUAGAAAAUACAGAAGAAUUUAAAAAGACAGACAAAUAUAAUGAAAAUAUUAUUAAUGAUUAUUUAUUAGAAAAUUAUGAAGAUGAAAAAAAAAAAAAAUUAAAUACAAAAAUUACUUUAUUAAAAAAAUUGUGUUUAAGAAUAUUGUGUAUUAAUGAAUAUCAAAAACAGAAUAUAAAAAAAUUAGAAAAAAAUAUAGAAAAUAUGAAUAAUGCAAUUAAUUCAAUAGAAUUAUUAACAUCAAAAAAAUGUGAUUUUGACAAUAUUAUAAUUAAUUUAAAUGAAUCAAAAGAAAAAAAUUAUAGUUUAAUUUCAAGAAUUAAUUUAUUAAAUUAUGAAACAAAUGUUCUAAUCAAAUUAAAUAAAAAAAUGAAAGAAAAAUUUAGGGAUAUAAAUUUUGAAAAUCAUGAAAUAAUUAAUUUAAAAAGAGAAAUAACCAAUAAAAUGAACGAUAAAAUGAAUCAUAUUAAGACAUCUUUAAUUAAUAAUGAAGAAACCUACAAAUUAAAAAAAAAGUGUUUUGAUGAUUGUGUAAUGCAUUUAAAAUCAUUGUAUGAAUUUAUAAAACAGUAUGAAAAUAACAAUGAUAAAUUAAAUUUAAGGAGUCAAAUUAUAAAUAAAGAAAAAAAUUUUCAUUUUAAUUAUAUUCAUAAAUAUAAUGAAGAAAUAUUAGUUGAUUCAAACCACUUAAAUGAUUUUUUAAUUUUUAUUGAAAAAUAUAUUUAUGCUUUGAAUUUUUAUCUGCCUUCACCCCCUUUUAAUUAUAAAAAGUUUCUUAUUGACAAUCCAUAUUUUCAUAACCAGUCAUCAUAUGAACCAUUAAAUAUAUGUGAUACUACUAAUUUAAUUUCUAACAAAAAUCUUUAUUCAUCUAAUAUCUCAAAUGAAUUGAAUAAUAAAUGUAAUGAUAAUAAUUAUAAAAUUGAUAAUAUUAGUGAUAAUACUAAUUGUUUAUCAGUGCAAUCACCAAAUGAAAAUAUCAACAUAAAUGAAGAAGUAUAUUUAACAAAUAAUAAUCAAAAUUUUGGAAGAAAUAAUAUUAAUGACAAAAAAAAUAAUAUAGAAAAUGAUUUAUCUAAUGAAAAUGAAUCAGAAAUAGAGAAAAAAGGUUUACAUGAUGAUAAUACAAGAAAUAGUAGUGAAAACUUAAAAAAAGACGAUGAAAAUUCAAAAAAAGAUGAUGAAAACCUAGAAAAUGAAAAUUCAAAAAAAGAUGAUGAAAAACUAGAAAAUGAAAACUUAAAAAAAGACGAUGAAAACUCAAAAAAAGAUGAUGAAAAUUUAGAAAAUGAAAUCUUAAAAAAAGACGAUGAAAAACUGGAAAAUGAAAACUUAAAAGAAAAUGAUGAAAACUUAGAAAAUGAAAACUUAAAAGAAAAUGAUAUUAAGAAAAGUGAAGAAAAUGAAAACUUAAAAAAAGACGAUGAAAACAUAAAAAAAGACGAUGAAAACAUAAAAAAAGAUGAUGAAAACUUAGAAAAUGAAAACUCAAAAAAAGAUGAUGAAAACUCAAAAAAAGAUGAUGAAAACUCAAAAAAAGACGAUGAAAAUUCAAAAAAAGAUGAUGAAAACCUAGAAAAUGAAAAUUCAAAAAAAGAUGAUGAAAAACUAGAAAAUGAAAACUUAAAAAAAGACGAUGAAAACUCAAAAAAAGAUGAUGAAAAUUUAGAAAAUGAAAACUUAAAAGGAAAUGAUGAAAAUUUAGAAAAUGAAAACUUAAAAGGAAAUGAUGAAAAUUUAGAAAAUGAAAUCUUAAAAAAAGACGAUGAAAACUUAGAAAAUUAUAUUAAGAAAAGUGAAGAAAAUGAAAAUUAUUUAUUAAAUCAUUUUAAUUCUCGUAAUAUUGAAUAUGAUAAAUUAAAAGAUGAAAUACCAAAUGAACUUUUAAAUAAUAAAUAUAGUUCUAAACAAAUAUAA